AUGUGCCACACACUCCAAACCCUCCACAAUCCAUGCCGCCACACCCUCACAACCGUGCACCCCUGCACAGCAUCAACAGGUUACCUCCUCCCAAGCUUCCUAUCCUCUGUCUUCGCACCGCCGCGAUGCAUCCGCACUUCUGAAACGACGGUAUCGGCCAAUUUCUGUCCAAAAUGCGAUGAGUUUUGGAGUGAUCAAGGGAUCGGAGGGGAGGAAGCCAGGGAAAGGGUCGUGGGGUGGAGGAGGAGGAAUGCGUGGGAGGGGGCGAUGAGACCGGCUGUGGGGGAGGCGGAGGGGUUUGUUAGCUUUCUCAAAGAAGAAGAGGGUCACGGCUGGAGGCAGGACAGAACGAGCCAAGAUAGUGAUCGGGUUGACGAUAGUCACCCACAGCAGGGCGACCUUGAUACCUUCUUGGCAUCCGAUCUACGACCGUCUACCGACCGGGAGAACCAUCGGAGUUCUGGCGAAAGAUUGGAGGGGGGCAGAGAAGAGGGGUCGAGGUCGAGGAGGAGUUCGGUGUCUUCGACGUGCACGCUCUGGCCUGGCCCCGUCCCUCACAGAUCGCCGUCAUCUCGGUCCCAACCUCGAUCACCCAGUUCCAGUUCCACGGAGACACUCUUCCGCGCUCCCAGCGCCGAAGGAGCAGAUCUCGGCACUCGACGCCUCGACAGCCUUGCCCUGGUCCAGCUUGACGAGAAUGCGCAAGAGAUGGAACAUGCUGUCCCUCCGCCGACAUGGCCGGUGCAAGAUGGCUUGAUCCAUCCUGAUGCUUUUGAGUUGGACGAGUGGGAAAACGAGCUGCCUGGCCCGGGUAAUGUCGAGAGUUUUGAGAGACAAGAACUCUUUAAGCUCGUGGGCGCAAUUCCGGGAGAGAAGCCACAGGGCAGAAAGCUGGUGUGA